AUGUCCGCAUACGACGACGGUCAACUCGUCCGCGACACCUCUUCGAAGAUCCCUCUUCUCUUGGGGAACGCCAACUACAUUCAAUGGUCGUCUAGUGUCUCUUCGCUGCUCCUCCGAAAACAGGCUCUCUUCUGCUUGAAGUCCGAGCCCCUCGAGGACCCUUCCUUCCACUUCGACUCAAUGGAUCCCUCAGAUCCCUCCACCAUCCCUACACCUCUCACUCCCACAGAGCAGGCUCGCUUGGCAAAGCAGAACGAAGGGUUGGGUAUUCUCUUGCAGUCUCUCUCCGAGGCUGUUAAGAACGCGGUUUCGGCCGAAGCUCAAGACGUCUUCCGUCCCAAUCCAAAGCUGCUCUGGGAUUGUUGA